AUGGCAGAUGUUGGAAAGUCCAAAGCAGAGGUAGCGGCUGCUUUCGUCCAGAAUAGAGUCAGUGGGUGUACAGUGACAGCCCACAACUGUAGAAUCGAAGAUAAGCCACCGUCCUUCUAUCGUCAGUUUUCUCUAGUCAUUUGUGGGCUCGACUCCAUUGCGGCACGGCGAUGGAUCAACGGCAUGCUUUGUGAUCUGGUGCUGAUGGAAAAUGGAGAAGUUGAUACUUCUACGAUUAUACCACUCAUUGAUGGCGGAACAGAGGGAUUCAAGGGUAACGCAAGAGUUAUCUAUCCGAAGCUCUCCGCCUGUAUUGAUUGCACACUAGAUUUAUUUCCACCUCAGGUGAAUUAUCCUCUGUGCACAAUAGCGCAUACGCCUAGGUUACCGGAGCAUUGCGUAGAGUACGUAAAAGUUAUGCAGUGGACUGAAGAAGGGCCUUUCGGAGGUAAGUCUUCUAAUUUAAUCACUUCAGCUCCUGCAUUGUAA